GGUUGUGGUAGAUUCGUUCAGUAAUUUUCCUUUUGUUGUCCGGAUGUCUUCCACGACGUCAUCUGCCACCAUCCAAGCGUUAUCCGCUAUCUUUCGCAUUGAAGGUCUUCCACAGACCAUUGUUUCCGACAAUGGCCCGAAAUUCAUGUCCACAGAAUUUCAGGUUCCUGUGCGGCGCAGACACCUGCUUUUGCUCCAGACGAUGUUGUUUAAUAUCAAAACAACCGAGGUUCACGGCGUCGGCUCGAAGGGCGCAUUCUUAGCUGCCUCGGACGCGCUGUAUAUCAGGUUUUGGGGGCCUCUGGUGAGGUGUAUCGGCAUCUCAAUCAGCUGCGCCUCUGUCGUCGCACGGGAUCUGCAGCUCGCCGUCUGCUUUCAGCGACGGUGCCGUCCGGUCAGCGCCCCGGGGACCCAUCUACUUGCUCGCCUCAGCCCUAGGUGUUACCGACGCUGCCUUCCAUUUUGCCCCAUGACGACACGCCGCUGCCACCGCCGCCGCCGCCUGUUCUCCCGCCGUCGACGCCCGCAGUGGACGCGUCGCUGCAACCGCCGGGCGCCUCCCUGGGUCACGCGCAGCCGAUCUCUUCCCGUGACCAGUUGUCUUCCGACAUGGAACUCUUGCCCGCUCCGGACCACAUGUCGUCCACGCCCGUCGGGUGCCCCGGUCCGAUUGAGGUCGACACUUCGGCCCCUCCUGUCUCUCUACGGGCGCAUACACCGCAUGUUGGCGUGCACCCUGGAGCAGGUUUUCAGGCGUUUCCCAGCUCCUCUCGCUCCGAAUGGCAGGGUGCGGGUGGCACAGCCUCGCCUGUUGUUAGGCUCCCCACUUCGUCGCAUACGUCAACAUGGGGUCUUCCCCACGGCGGGCGGAAGCCUUAUGCCACAACCGUACUCCGAUUUGCGGGGGAGGAAUGUGGUGUCACCGCCAGACACCACACUUGCUAGGUGAUAGCCUUUAAAUCGGCCUCGGUCCGGUAGUAUACGUCAGACCCGCGUGUCGCCACUAUCAGUGAUUUGCAGACCGAGCGCCGCCACACGGAAGGUCUAGAGAGACUUCCUAGCACUCGCCCCAGUUGUACAACCGACUUUGCUAGCGAUGGUUCACUGACAAAAUACGCUCUCAUUUGCCGAGACGAUAGUGUAGCAUAGCCUUCAGCUACGUCAUUUGCUACGACCUAGAAAUGCGCCAUAUUCAGUUACCAUUGUUAUUGUGAAUCAUGUACUGUCACGAGCGACGUUCAUCAUUAAUGGAUUAAAGUUAAAUAUUCCACCAGCUAGGU